AUAUGGCUACCGUUUUAUCUUUAGUUAACAUUAUCAUAAUUAAUAUAUUAAUUGUACUAGUUACAUUUAAUAUUAUGGGAUACGCCCUGAAAAAAAGUAAAAAAACUACUACUACUACUGUCCAAUCAGAUAUACUGGAUCACAUUGAUAUGGCAUUUGAGAUAGAUUUUGAUACAAAAACAACUGAAACUACUGUAGUCUCGACCGAUACAACUAUGACGACACAUACAAUUGGUGUCCAUAAGAAAAGGGAUGAUAAGGAAAGGGAUGGUAAGGAAAGGGAUGUUGUAGAUAAAGACGACGACAACAACAGUUUAGUCGAAACUAUCGAUAAGUUUCGCCAGAAAUUUCAAUUGAUGUCAUCAAAGUGGCCGUCAAAAUGGCUGCCAACAAACUCUACUGAAGAAGAUGAUGGUAACGAUGAUAGCAGCAAACAGUCAGUUGUUGUUAUCCGGAAAGGAAGCGGAGAGGCGGGAGGAGUGGACGGCAAGUUUAAGCUACAGGUGCGCACAGAUAAUGUAAAUAAUAAUAAUAAUAUUAGCAAAACUAUUGUCAUUAAACAAACGGGUAGAGGACUGCCUAAAGUUAUAUAUUCAACUAAAAGUUUAGCUAAUGGGAAACGGGUGGUCAAUACUACUACUACUACUACCACUACUACUAAGCACCGGAAUACCAGAGCCAAGGAUAAUAAAAAAAAUAAUAAUAAUAAACAUAAUGUAGUGAUUGUUGAACAAAGUUAUCAUCAAUCAGUUAGUAAUAAUGAUGAGUAA